AUGUGGCCCAAGAUACGCCAGCCUGUAUUUCUGUUGUUUAUCCCUGUGUUAUCCUGUCUUCUAGAUACGCCAGCCUGUAUUUCUGUUGUUUAUCCCUGUAUUAUCCUGUCUUCUAGAUACGCCAGCCUGUAUUUCUGCUGUGCGGUGGAGGAUCAAGACAAUGAGCUCAUCACGCUGGAGAUCAUCCACAGAUACGUAGAGCUGCUGGAUAAGUACUUUGGCAGUGUGUGUGAGCUGGACAUCAUCUUUAACUUUGAGAAGGCCUACUUCAUCCUGGAUGAGUUCCUGCUAGGGGGAGAGGCUCAGGAGACCUCCAAGAAGAACGUACUGAAGGCUAUAGAGCAGGCUGACCUGCUGCAGGAGGAAGCUGAAGCCCCACGGAGUGUCCUGGAGGAGAUUGGCCUGACAUAAACUCCCUCAUCACUGACCCAACUAUCUCCCUCUCUCUUUACUCUCUUUCUCUUCACGGGGCCCAAACAUCUUGUUCUCGCUCCUUUAAUGUGCUGUAGUGUUGUCUUGUACUAAAAACUCUAUCAUGUUGUUCAUGUUACUUGUGCCAAAUGUCUGUUCCUUUGUUUUGUACCUCGUCAACACUCACCUUUUGAAACCCCUAGGGUAUAUGCAGCCAGUAGCCACAAACUACACCAAUAAUAACUGAAAUCUCACCCACCUUAAGUCCUUAAGUGACGGGCACUUUAACUCCAGUCUAGAGAACUUAAAACAAUUUAAAGUAUAUCAUAAAGAGUAAGAAACCCCAUUUUACUUAAAUGGGAUGUUCACAAGUAAAGUAAGCAAAACGAUGUCAGUAUUUUUAAGAAGUGUUACAGUUUAAAGUAUUCAUGUUCAUUUUUUCAUUGUUUGACCAAAGAACACUGUUAUAAUCAUAUCGUUUUGAAGAUAAAUGGUGUUUAGGGAAAAAGAUGUGCUCUCUCAGGGUUGGGGUCAAUUUAAACCAAUUUACAAUUUUAACUCAUUGAAGGAAAUGUGCAUUGGAAUAUCAGUGUAUUCCUGAAUUUAAAUGGAAUUGACCCAAGCCUUGCUCUGUAUAGCCUGAGUCCCAGAUCUUUGUGCUGUCUUGCUACCUCCUUUGUCCUUCAGUUGGGAAGAAAGCACAAACGCACUGGGGACUCCUCCCACUCUGCAUGCUUUAAAAGGCAAGGGAAGAGUAACACUGGGGACUACGCCCACUCUGCAUGCUUUAAAAGGCAAGGGAAGAGUAACACUGGGGACUCCGCCCACUCUGCAUGCUUUAAAAGGCAAGAGAAGAGUAACACUGGGGACUCCGCCCACUCUGCAUGCUUUAAAAGGCAAGGGAAGAGUAACACUGGGGACUCCGCCCACUCUGCAUGCUUUAAAAGGCAAGGGAAGAGUAACACUGGGGACUACGCCCACUCUGCAUGCUUUAAAAGGCAAGGGAAGAGUAACACUGGGGACUCCGCCCCCUCUGCAUGCUUUAAAAGGCAAGAGAAGAGUAACACUGGGGACUCCGCCCACUCUGCAUGCUUUAAAAGGCAAGAGAAGAGUAACACUGGGGACUCCGCCCACUCUGCAUGCUUUAAAAGGCAAGAGAAGAGUAACACUGGGGACUCCGCCCACUCUGCAUGCUUUAAAAGGCAAGGGAAGAGUAACACUGGGGACUCCGCCCACUCUGCAUGCUUUAAAAGGCAAGGGAAGAGUAACACUGGGGACUCCGCCCACUCUGCAUGCUUUAAAAGGCAAGAGAAGAGUAACACUGGGGACUCCGCCCACUCUGCAUGCUUUAAAAGGCAAGAGAAGAGUAACACUGGGGACUCCGCCCACUCUGCAUGCUUUAAAAGGCAAGAGAAGAGUAACACUGGGGACUCCGCCCACUCUGCAUGCUUUAAAAGGCAAGAGAAGAGUAACACUGGGGACUCCGCCCACUCUGCAUGCUUUAAAAGGCAAGAGAAGAGUAACACUGGGGACUCCGCCCACUCUGCAUGCUUUAAAAGGCAAGGGAAGAGUAACACUGGGGACUCCGCCCACUCUGCAUGCUUUAAAAGGCAAGGGAAGAGUAACACUGGGGACUCCGCCCCACUUUAAAAGGCAAGGGAAGAGUAACACCAGUGAAAAUGAACAAAAAGGGAUUCUGUUACUAAUCAAACUUCUAUUCGUCACACGAUGUUUUAACUGUCAAUGAAAACGCCUUUAGGCCACUUGUUUCGUAGCCGGGUUCUGAACUGAAUGUGAAACUGGAAUAUUCAGUUUGACUCAUAACAGGCUACUUGUUAUGAGGAAGGUUGUGACAAUUGAAGCACAGCAUGAGGCACUCCCACUAUGUCACUGCCUGUGCUUAGUGCACACAGACAUGACCAGUUAUUGAAUUGUUUACAAAAACCAUGGGUUAAAGAAGCCUAAACCUGUUGCAAUUCCCUGUCUACCGUACAGACUGCUCCUCCUUUACCAAUGACCAGAAUGGUGUCCUGUUAGGACAUUUAAUGUUCUCUGUAUCUGUCAGCUUGUACUGUAUUUGCUUUUUAACUGUGGUGACAUCCCAUAUGGCACGCUAUUCCCUACAUAGUGCACUACUUUUGGCCAGAGCCUAUGAAGAAGUGCACUAUAUAAGGAAUAGGGCACCAUGUCUUGCUUCUGUGUACAUUAUGAGUCAUUUCAAAGUAUUGCAUUUCUUUUACACAGACAACUGUCACUACUUCAGUUCUCUUAAAUACUGUAAAUCAUUAAAACAAAUGUCUAUGGAUUAGCAGAA